AUGCCGUCAAAACAGAAAAAAUCCACAGCUUCAGAAGAAACCGAAGAAGUUGAUGACGAGGUAGAGGAAACAGAGCCAAAGUUAAAGGAGAGGAGCAAAGGUGUGACACAUGGGGACAGCUCAAAAGGGGAGAAGAGCCGGAAGAAACAUAAGAGUGCCGAAGGCUCUGACAAUCAGGAGGCCCCAGAGAAAGAGAAGAAUAAGAAAGAGGGUGAAAAAGAUAAAGAGAAGAAGAAGAAAAAGAGGCAAGAUGUGGAUGCUGAAGCUGGUGCUGUGAUUGAAAAUGAUGCUGAGGAGGGUGAGCAGAACAAUAAUGACCCCGAGACCAAUUCCAAAAAGGAGAACUCAGAGAAACUCAAAGAGGAAGUGACUGAGGGGGCAAAGGAGGAGAAAAAGAAAAAGAAGAAAAAAUCCUCCACAGAAAAUCCAGAGGGAGAAGAGGAGAUGACAUCCAAGGAGAAGAAGUCGAAAGAUGGCAAGAAGAAGAAGAAGUCUCACAAUGAUGAUGAAGAGGAGCCUUUGAUUGAGGAUCAGGAAGAGGAGGAGGACUCAAAAAAGAAGAAGAAGAAGAAGGCAAAGAAGGGGUCAGCAGACAGUGAUGAAGAUAAAAAGAAAAAGGGGAAAAAAUCAAAAAAUAAACAGGUGGACUAUGCUGUGAUCUACCAGAAUGAACUACUGGGAUAUCACACAGACUCAUCUGAUGGAUAUGAGGACGAGUACUUUAAAAAGAAGGUGUAUGAGGUGGUCAGUGUCACUGGUGAUGUAAAGGGAGCUGGGACAGAUGCUAAUGUGUUUGUCACCCUUUUUGGAGAAUUUGGGGUCACGCCCAAGGUUCAUCUGGCAAGCAAAAGCCGUACUGCAUUUGAGAAGAAUAAGACAGAUGUUUUCCGUAUCAAAACACACAAUGUUGGCCCCCUGAAGAAGCUAAGGAUCGAGCACGACAACACGGGGAUGAGCGCCAGCUGGUUCUUGGACAGGGUUGUUGUGACCGACAUGAAUCGGCCACAUCUGCGCUUCUGUUUCCCCUGCAGCAACUGGCUAAGUCGAGAAGAGGCCGACAACUUAUUUGUCAGGGACCUACUGGGCAGCCUGAACCCCAUGGACGUCCAGAAAUAUAAUAAAUACAUUGUGAGUGUGUUCACUCCUGACAUGAAGGGAAGUGGAACUGAUGCUGAUGUUUUCCUUAACAUCUUUGGAGAGAAUGGUGACACAGGAGAAAGACGACUGGACAGUGACAAAGACAACUUUGAACGCGGCUCAGAGGACAAGUUUACAAUAGAGGCACCAAACCUGGGCAGGCUGAGGAAAAUCACCAUCGGCCACAACAACAGAGGCUCAUCAGCAGGAUGGUUUCUAGAUAAGGUGGCUAUUGAUGACAUGGGGAAUAAAGAAGUGUACGAGUUUCCUGUUAAUCGCUGGUUUGCAAUGGAUGAAGCUGAUGGUAAAAUUCAAAGAGAUGUGCUGGUUGGAUCCCUGCAACCAAUGGGUAUUGUUUAUAAUGUACAAGUGAUGACUGGAGAUGUGAGGGGUGCUGGCACCAACUCUAAAAUCCACAUGGUCAUGCACGGCUUCAAGGGCAUGAAGAACAGCGGCAAAAUCUUCCUGGAGGGCGGUGCUUUCGAGCGCGCCCUAAUUGACAUUUUCAACGUGGAGAUUUGUGAACUGAUCAGCCCGCUAAGCAGGGUCACCAUCGGCCACGACAACGGGGCUGUGGGUGCAGGAUGGUACUGUGAGAAGGUAGUGAUAUACUGUCCAUUCACGGGGAUUGAGCAGACAUUUCCAUGUGGGAUGUGGCUGGAUGAGGACGAAGGAGAUGGACUGAUUGAGAGAGAAUUGUAUGAGAUGGUUUCCCUUAGGCAGAAAAAACAAAAAAAGUACCCAUGGUCCCUGUGGAUUUGGACAUCAGAUGUUAAAGGUGCGGGGACCGAUGCUCAGGUGUUUCUGCAGAUCUAUGGAGAGAAGGGCAAGUCUGAUGAGAUCAAACUGGAGAACAACUCAGACAGUUUUGAACAGGCUCAACUUGAUAAAUUCAUGCUUGAAAUGCCAGACAUUGGGAAACUGCUGAAAGUGCGCAUCUGGCACGAGAAGAGGCAUCCAUUCUCUGGCUGGCAUUUAGACAAGGUCAGUUUGCUCAAGACCCUGACAAUGGAGAAAUACUCUUUCCAAUGUGGCCGUUGGCUUGACAUCAAUGAAGAUGACAAUGAGAUUGUUAGAGAGCUUCCAGCUACUAGUACAGUCAUCGAUGAGCCACUUGCCUUGAUAAAGUAUCGUGUAACUAUCUGCACCGGCAACGUAAGCGGCAGUGGCACCGAUGCAAGCGUCUUCCUCAAUGUCAUCGGUGACCUGGGUGACACAGGGGAACGUCUCAUGAUCAUGAGCAAAAACAAUGUCAACAAAUUUGAAAAGGGAAAUCAUGACGAAUUUCUCAUUGAGGCCGUGUUUCUGGGCCAGGUGCGCAGAGUCCGGGUCGGCCAUGAUGGGCGCGGGGGAGGCUGUGGUUGGUACCUUGAUAAGGUGAUGGUCAGAGAGGAGGGACAGCCAGAGAGUGUGGCCAUUGAAUUCCCCUGUGACAGGUGGUUGGACCGUAAUGAGGAUGAUGGGCAAAUUGUUCGUGAGUUAGUCCCAGCUGGAGAAGGCCUGCGUUUGUUUAAUGUCAGCUACCACAUAGCAAUCAAAACAGGCAGUGUUAAUGGGGCCAGCUCCGACUCCAGGGUGUUUGUUAAGCUGUACGGAGAAAAGGGCGACACGAAUAAGAUGAUACUAGCAGUUUCUGACAACGACCUCAGGAACUACUUUGAGACAGCUCGCACUGACAUCUUUACCAUAGAUACCUUUGAUAUCGGACAGAUCAAUCGUUUCCUCAUUGGUCACACCAAUGAGGGCUUGCGGGCUGGAUGGUUUCUGGACAGCGUGCAGAUAUCUGUUCCAGUUCAUGGGAAGCAGUACAUGUUCCCGAGCCACCGCUGGCUGUGCAAAGACGAGGCUGAUGGGAAAGUGGAGGUUGAGAUCUAUCCCAGCGAGGUCUUGGACAUCGAACAAUUGAUCAACUAUGAAGUAACAGUGGCCACAGGGGACAUACGUGCAGCUGGAACCAAUGCCAACGUCUUCUGUCAGAUCUAUGGAGAGCAAGGGAAGACUGAAGUCCUGUCUCUCAAGAAUCGCUCAAACAAUUUUGAACGUGGAACCACUGAGAUAUUCAAGAUUGAGGCUCAAGAUGUUGGCAAGGUCUACAAGAUACGCAUCUACCAUGAUGGGAAGGGUAUUGGAGAUGGCUGGUUCCUGGAGAUGGUGGACAUCAAGCGGCUGACAAUGGCUAUGGUGCAGAUUGAAGUGAAGAAGGAGGACACUAAGAAGGACAAAAAGAAGGACAAGAAAAAGAAGAAGAAGGAAGAAGAAGAGGAGGUGGAGAUCAUCGAGAAGCUGCAGGAAGUGGUUGAGACAUUUGCUUUCCCCUGUAACCGCUGGUUGGCAAGGGAUGAGGAGGAUGGGGAGAUUGUGGUGGAGCUAUUGACAGAGGAAAACGAAGAACUGGAGAUGAACUCCUAUGAGGUGCAUGUUUUCACUGGAACGAUGUGGGGUGCAGGAACAGAUGCCAAUGUUUACAUCAACGUCUAUGGAGAGAUUGGCGACACAGGAGAGAGACAGCUCAGUAAGUCAAAUAACCUGAAUAAAUAUGAGAAAGGCAAGGAGGACAUUUUCAACAUCACAGCAGUGGACCUGGGGGUCCUGAAGAAACUCAGGAUCAGACAUGACAACAGCGAGGCCAGUGCCGGCUGGUUUCUGGACAGAGUGGAAAUUGUGGACAACAAAGAUGACACCACGUACUUCUUCCCUUGCAAACGUUGGCUGGCUGUUGAUGAGGAUGACGGACAGCUUGCGAGGGAGCUGGUCCCUGUGGACGAGGCCUUUAUGAGGAAAGGGGAUGAUGAUGAGGAAGACUCUGAAGCCACACUGGGUCUGGAACAGAAAGCCAUGUCAACAACAUACACUAUGAGGGUCAAAACUGGUGACAAAAAGUACGCUGGAACUGAUGCUAAUGUCUUUAUGACCCUGUUUGGCACCAAGGAUGACACAGGGAUAAUUAACCUAAAGGCUUCCAAGACUCAUAAGAAUAAGUUUGAGCAGGGGAUGAUCGAUGAGUUCACUGUGGAAGCUGUGGAUAUUGGACAGCUCAAGAAGCUACGUGUUGGACACGACAACCGAGGAGGGGGAUCAGCAGGCUGGUUCCUCGACUGGGUGGAGAUCGAUGCGCCGUCUCUUGGACAGAAACUGCGCUUCCCCUGUGGCCGCUGGUUGGAUAAAGGGGAGGAUGAUGGGGCCAUCGUCAGGGACCUUUUCCCUAAUCCUCUACAGACGGAGCUUUACACACCAUUUGUUCCCUAUGAGAUUAAAACCUUCACGAGUGACGUGUUUGCAGCCGGCACAGAUGCAGAUGUCUCCAUUGUCCUGUAUGGGCGAGAUGCAGUUUGCACUCAGCAGAAGUCUCUGUGUGUCAACAAGAGGGAGAGGAUUAUGUACUUUGAGAGAGGAGCUGAGGACAUGUUUAUUGUUGAGUUAGAAGACGUGGGGGAUGUAAUUGAAAAGAUCCGUAUUGGCCAUGACAACCGCGGGGUCAACCCGGGCUGGCAUCUGGACCGAGUGGAGAUCAGACGGUUACUCAGGAAAGGAAAGGGUUCAGAGACCGUCAUUUUCCCCUGUGAGUGCUGGCUUGCCAAAUCAGAGGAUGACGGAGAGACAGUGAGGGAGCUGGUGCCAUCUGACAUCAUCACUGAAAAACUUUCAAGAGAUGGGAACCUGAAAGUCACUGAAAUUGAAGUGGAAGAUGCGUUAGAGACUCACACAUACACUGUGUCAGUAAUGACAGGUGAUGUGUAUGGAGCCGGCACCGACGCCAACGUCUUCCUCACAAUCUACGGAGACAUGGGGGACACAGGGGAGAGAAAACUCAGCAAGUCAGAGACAAACAGCAACAAGUUUGAGCGGGGAUCUGUGGAUAAGUUCACCAUGGAAGCUGUAGACCUUGGACAGGUUUUCAAGAUCAAAAUUCGCCAUGAUAACAGCAUGGUGAGUGCUGACUGGUACCUGGACCAAGUGGAGGUGGUGGAUGUGGACACAGAAGAGGUCUUUCUCUUUUUAUGUGAACGUUGGCUGUCGAGGAAGAGGGAGGACCAACGCAUUUGCAGGGUCUUCUAUGUCAAGGGUUAUGAAGGACUUAGAGAAGGUCUUGACAGUAAGAAGAACUUGGCCUUGACUAUUAAAAGUGUAGACAGCAACAUGAAUAAAAAGAGCAAAAAGAAGAAAGAGGAAGAAAUCGAGCUCCCAAUCAUACCGUACCACAUGACCAUCUGUACCGGACCGGAGCGCGAUGCAAGCACCACCAGCAGGGCUUAUGUGAUCAUUAUCGGGGCCAAUCACACCCAGACAGAGAGGCUGUGGCUGGACCUGCCCAAUGGGAGGAAGGGCUUUGAGGCCGGCUCUCUGGAGAGCUUUGAGACCCAUGGUUCAGACGUGGGGGAGAUCAAAAAGGUUGAGCUCGGCCAUGAUGGGGCCACUCCUGAGAGCUGCUGGCUAGUUGAUGAGCUGUCUGUUGCCGUGCCAACCAAAGGGGUCAAAUACAUCUUUGCUUGCAAGUGCUGGCUGGCCAAAGAUCGAGGGGAUGGUUUGACUGCGAGAGUGUUCAACGUGCUGGACGCUGAAAACAUUUCUAUCUCCCAGAAGGUUAUUUAUGAGGUUACCGUGGUAACAGGAGAUGUGCAAAAUGCAGGAACAGACACCCAGAUCUUCAUGUCUGUGUUUGGGGCCAACGGCACCACAGAAGAGAUGCUGCUGCAGAAGAACGAGGACAGGUUUGAGCGUGGUCAGGAGGACACUUUCAACAUGGAGAUUGAUGACAUCGCCCCUCUGAGGAAAAUGAGGCUCCGUAUUGACGGCUCCGGAAGUCGACCUGACUGGUUCCUAGAUAAGGUGAUCAUGCGUUACCUGAACACAGAGGAGGUCUCUGUGUUCACCUAUGAGGAGUGGCUGUCCAAGAUGCGUGGACCCAAGAGAACCAUGAUCUGCGAGAUGGCUGCUGUUGUGGACGAGGAGGUGAUGGUAGAGCUCACCACCUACACCAUCCAGGUCAAGACCAGUGAUAGUGCAGGUGCAGGCACUGAUGCAAACGUGUGGAUCAAUGUUUUUGGAGAGAACGGAGACACAGGAACGCUGGCACUGAAAGAGUGCAACAAGUCUAACAAGUUUGAACGCAAGCAGGUGGACACAUUCCGCUUCUCCGAUAUCCUCAGCAUGGGAGAGCUCUCCAAAGUGCGAGUCUGGCACGACAACUCAGGUCUUGCUCCAGGAUGGCACCUGGAUUAUAUUGAUGUGAAGGAUGAGAUCAUGGACAAAACUUUUCGUUUUCCUUGUGACCGCUGGCUUGCCAAGAAUGAUGAUGAUGGACAGAUAAUGAGAGAACUGGCCUGCGCUAACAACGACUUCUUGGACCUCAACGAGAAGACAAAAUAUGAAAUUUGUACCACUACCGGGAACUCAGCUGAUUCUGAAACCAAAGAAAAUGCCUGGAUUGUACUUGAGGGGAAGAAGGGCCGAUCAAAAGAAUUAGUCAUGGAGAACUCCUCAAAGAAGAAGAGGUUCUUGCGGGGAAAUGUCGAUAGGUUUGAGUUUUCAUCCAAGAACCUGGGAGACAUUGUUGGUAUCUGCCUUGGACACACACCAAAGGAUGGAAAGAAAGUAAAGGGGGAGGCUUCCUGGUUUGUGGUUGAGAUCGUUGUGACUGAAAGAGAAUUGGGAAACAAGUACAUCUUCAAUUGCAAUGCCGCCAUUCCUCUCUCUCCAAAAAGAGAUGAUUUCUUGACUUUUGAGUGCACUAAGGCCAUUGAGAGCUUCGCCAGUAAAGCUCGAAGCCUUGUACCUGUCAAGUAUGAGAUAAUUGUUAUCACUGGUGAUGAGAAAGGAGCAGGCACAGAUGCCAAUGUUUUCAUCACUAUCUACGGUUCCAAUGGGGACUCAGGCUGUCGUCAGCUGAGGCAGAAGUUUCGUAACCUCUUUGAACGUGAGCAGACGGACCGCUUUGUCCUGGAAAUGCUUGACAUGGGGGAGCUGCAGAAAGUUCGGGUGGAGCACGACAACUCUGGUUUAAGCCCUGGCUGGCUUCUUGAUCGUGUGGAAGUCACUAAUACAGCAAACGGUGUCACAACAAUUUUCCUCGGUGGAAAGUGGCUGGACACAAAGAAGGCAGAUGGGCAGAUCGUCAGGGUCUUGUAUCCAAAAUAUUAGUAGAAGUAUUAUUCAUAAAUACUACCACUGUAGAGAGAUCUCUAAUCAUGCUUAAUAGAAGUAACCAACGAGAUUCUGCUCUGGAAAGUUUAAAUCUCAGGAACUGAGACACAUUUUUACACUUGAAUGAUUUUUUUUAAAUUAUACUAUGGUUCAAUAUUUCAUGAAACCUGGAAAUAAAGCCUGUAACAAAAUAUUGUGACAAUAUCUUCUUAAGUAAGGAAGCUGAAUGUGCCAUUCUUUUUAAUUUCAUAUGUCAUGCAUGGUUUGUCCAGUUGCUUUGUUAUAAAUGAGGUUUUAUAAAAGAUUAAACUCUUUUGUAAUACUCAG